AUGGACGGUCCCAAAUUCAAAGUGAUAAUUGUCGGAGGCUCAAUUUCAGGCCUUUCACUGGCACAUUGUCUCCAUAAAGCGGGAAUUGACAGCAUAGUCCUCGAGAAACGUUCCGAGAUUGCUGCGAAUGAAGGAGCCUCGGUUGCAAUCAUGCCCAAUGGAGGACGGAUUUUACAGCAGAUAGGGAUUUUUGAUACCUUAGGGACGCUGAUAGAGCCAACACGUGUCGCCCACGUUCGAUUCCCAGAUGGUUUUCAAUUCAGCUCACCUUAUCCCAAGACCAUGCGUGAAGCAAAUGUUGUCAAUGUUGAUCACCAAGGAAGUGAGGGUGUGAUAGUAUAUACGCAGAGUGGGCACUCAUACCAGGGUGACCUCCUUGUUGGCGCAGACGGCGUUCACAGCCAAGUUCGCACCUUGAUGUGGGAUGUUGCUGAACGGGUGCAGCCUGGCGUGAUUACUAGGGACGAGAAGACAGGUGAGCGUCGAAUAGUCAAAUAA